GUUUUUAUUCAUCAAACAAUAGGUUUUUAACAUGUCUUGCGAUUAAAAACGACUAAGAACUUAAAACACGAAAGAAGCUGAAACAAAAUAAACCACAAAGAAACAGAUAAAUUUUUUUAAUAAUUUUAUAAGGAAAAGAAAAAGAAUCAUAUUUUUUCAACGAAAUGUCGUGUGCUGACGAGAAAACCGUACACGGUAACAAUAUUCUCGAGAGUGGGAAAGAAAAAGUCGAUAAGGAAAGCGAGCAUAAUAACAAUAUUAUGGAAACAGAAGCCUGGAAACAAACAAAUGACGAGAGUUUUACGGCUGUUGCUAGCAACACGAAUCAGCGAAGUGCACAAACCACCCUGGAUCAGGAUAGAAUACUCGCUAAGAUUGUGAGCGAUUACCCUAGUCUGUACGAUAGAAGCGAUAAAGGUUUCAGCAGAAUCAACGACCCCCUUAACACAUCUUGGCGAGAAGUGGCAAAAAAAUGUGAGGGUAUUUCUACUGGUGAAGAAGCGUGUAGGUUAUUUGAAGUGUUGAAAAAACGGUACAGCAAGAAGAAAAUGAAUUACAAAAGAGCGUCACACAAUUCAAGCUCUCCAGAAUUUGUACACAAGUGCCAGCGUGACUUGGAGAAGUAUUCGUUCAUGAAAUGGCUUGAGCCAUUCAUUCGUUUUCGGUCUUCAAAAUUAGUUGAUGGAACACGUUGUUACGAUGAGUACAUAAAUGAUGAAGCAACUGAGGAUGAUCCGGCUCAAGCGGCGCAAACAGAAACUAUAAUCCGUGAGCAUCGUGGCGAACAAAACGAAAACAGUCAGCAUAAAAUGGGUUUCCAUCAAGUACCGGCAUCUAUUGGCAGAUAUGUUUUAUCAAAAUAUGCGGCUGCCGAUAAUCAAGUAACAUAUGAACGUGGUAAUGAGAGACUUUCUUCACUGUCUUCUUUGCCAACACAAGUUCAAAUGGUAGACUUGAGGAAACGAAGUAUUACAAACAUACAAGAGGAAAGCACACACCCGAAAAUUUCUAGGAUGGGGUGUUCCGACGUUGUUUCACAAACGCAACCUUCUUUAGUGUACGAAACAAAGGUGCUGAAAGAUGACGAUGACUUGUUUGCAGCAAUGAUUGUAAGCCAGCUGAGGAAACUAGACAAGCGCGAAAAAUGCGUUGCAAAACAUGACAUAAGCAACAUUUUGUUCAAAGCACAGCUAAAACAAAUUGAUCAGUCUGAAUAAGCAUGACAAACAAUCAAACGGAAAAUAACGAUGGUUUUGAAGACUACUUUUAAAAAGAAACAAUAAAGAGUCAUGGCUGCAAUUUUCUGAGCCAGUUUUACAAUUUGUAUAUUCAAGGAUUUUAUCGAGCCAGGUUAAUUAGGUUUGAUAAUUUUCCUUAUUUGUCCAUAACAGUCCGUUAUUGUAAUUUACUGGACUGGGCGUGAUCUGACCAAAAUCACAAUAAAAAAAUCGUAUUUCUAAUAAAAAAAGAAUAUGCGACUUUAAAGUCAAAGCCCACCUCGAACCAGGUAUGUUGAGGACGAAUUGUGCAAAUAUAUCUCCUAAGAAAGAUUUAGUUCAUCAAUUUUAAUAGCUUCUGUGGCCGAGAUCAAUUUCACUAGGUAAUAGGAUUCAAAUCUUCAAGCAAAAGACUGUCUGACGUACAUUCUAUAGUUUGGAUGCGAAAAGAAAAAGGACUUAACAUAGUAACUGGUAAACGUUUCUUCAACAACUAAGAUUUUAUUGGUAUAACUUUGAAAUUAUUCACACAUUCGUUAGAAUGUUUGUUUGUUCCAUAUGCGAUCUUAUUAGUCGUCGAAAUGUUAAAAGAGCUGAACUUUAUAUCAUAUGUUUAGCGGCGCUGCAAUGUAAAGAAAUACGAAUCGCGGAUUAUAUCCAAUCCUUUUUAGAUCGCCAAUUCCGCCACAUAUUUCGUUCCAGUGCAGUACGUGCAAGACGCAGAAAAAGAAGUGAUCGAAUGAGAGGAAGCUUUUCUCUUCUCGAUAUUAUCUUGCUUUAUUACUUAGUUGUUU